AUGUUACAGGAGGACCUGAGAAAGGGGCUGAAGAUUGCGAAAAGGCUUGAGUCGGGCGCCGUGCACAUCAACAGUAUGACCAUCCAUGACGAGCCGGUCUUACCUCACGGCGGCGUCAAGAACAGUGGCUGGGGCCGCUUCAACGCCGCGCAGGGGCUCGAGGAAUUCCUCGUCUCGAAGACUGUUACGUGGAUGGAUUAG